AUGUCCACAUCUCAUCAUCUCUGCCUGUGGUCCCGCCUGGGGCAUAACCAGGCAACUUCCUCCAGGUGUCUUGGUUCGGGUGAGUCUCUUCAACUGUCCCCCAUAUCAACUUCCUCCAGGUGUCUUGGUUCUGGUGAGUCUCUUCAACUGUCCCCCAUAUCAACUUCCUCCAGGUGUCUUGGUUCUGGUGAGUCUCUUCAACUGUCACCCAUAUCAACUUCCUCCAGGUGUCUUGGUUCUGGUGAGUCUCUUCAACUGUCCCCCAUAUCAAUUUCCUCCAGGUGUCUUGGUUCUGGUGAGUGUCUUCAACUGUCCCCCAUGGCAACUUCCUCCAGGUGUCUUGGUUCUGGUGAGUCUCUUCAACUGUCCCCCAUAUCAACUUCCUCCAGGUGUCUUGGUUCUGGUGAGUCUCUUCAACUGUCCCCCAUGGCAACUUCCUCCAGGUGUCUUGGUUCUGGUGAGUCUCUUCAACUGUCCCCAAUGGCAACUUCCUCCAGGUGUCUUGGUUCUGGUGAGUCUCUUCAACUGUCCCCCAUGGCAACUUCCUCCAGGUGUCUUGGUUCUGGUGAGUCUCUUCAACUGUCCCCAAUGGCAACUUCCUCCAGGUGUCUUGGUUCUGGUGAGUCUCUUCAACUGUCCCCCAUGGCAACUUCCUCCAGGUGUCUUGGUUCUGGUGAGUGUCUUCAACUGUCCCCCAUGUCAACUUCCUCCAGGUGUCUUGGUUCUGGUGAGUCUCUUCAACUGUCCCCCAUGGCAACUUCCUCCAGGUGUCUUGGUUCUGGUGAGUCUCUUCAACUGUCCCCCAUGUCAACUUCCUCCAGGUGUCUUGGUUCUGGUGAGUCUCUUCAACUGUCCCCCAUGGCAACUUCCUCCAGGUGUCUUGGUUCUGGUGAGUGUCUUCAACUGUCCCCCAUGUCAACUUCCUCCAGGUGUCUUGGUUCUGGUGAGUCUCUUCAACUGUCCCACAUAUCAACUUCCUCCAGGUGUCUUGGUUCUGGUGAGUCUCUUCAACUGUCCCCCAUGGCAACUUCCUCCAGGUGUCUUGGUUCUGGUGAGUCUCUUCAACUGUCCCCCCAUAUCAACUUCCUCCAGGUGUCUUGGUUCUGGUGAGUCUCUUCAACUGUCCCCCCAUGUCAACUUCCUCCAGGUGUCUUGGUUCUGGUGAGUGUCUUCAACUGUCCCCCCAUGUCAACUUCCUCCAGGUGUCUU